UUCACUUUAUUUUUCCUGCUCUUAGCUCAGUUUCACUGAAAAGACUCUGCAGCCCCUUGGGUUGGAUCUUUUAUUGUAAAAUAUUUCUUUGCACGGGAAUUCCUGCGUUUAUUUCCUUUGGUGAGGAGGGUGUUUUACAGGAAAUGUUGGAGUCAUUAAUUGUGACUGUCGCUCAUUAAUUCAGUGCUGUCAUCUCUGGGUUUCUGACCUUUAAGAUCCUCAUGGGACUGCUGGAGUUUUACCUUCCCAAAGCAUUUUUAGGGAAUAUUUUCACCCAAGUAUUUUAAUGCAGAAUUAUUAUUUUUUUUUAAUAAUUAGUUUAUUUUAAUGCAGAAUAUUUAGGGAAGGUUAUCUCCCAGCUUGCCCAGCUGUGAGGGACAGUAAACAGCUCCACCAGACCUCACAUUAUCCUCGUGGAAACGUCAUCAUAUUACCAUUAAUAAUACUAAUUUUUAAUAAUAGACAGUAAUAUAUAAUAAAGCAAUAUAAACCAACGAUAUUAUUCUUAUUUACCACGAUAAACGUAAAUGAAGGUUUGUUUGCUUUAAGGAUUUAACCCUGAACACUUUUAGCUAUUGGAAUAGGUAUUGGCAUUUAUUAUUAUAGUUAUUAUUAUUAUAAAUAGGUAUUUAUGUCAGGAAACACAACAGAAACGAUGUUUGGGGAUCGUUUUUGGCGGAAAAGGGGACGGGGAAGGCGGGAACAUCCUGAGGGAGGCUGGAGCGGGAGCGCGGGGCUGCGGCGCCCGGGCCGGGAGAGAACGCGGUGAGGGCCCGGUGCCGUUCCCGGUGCCUGUCCCGGUGCUGGUUCCGUUCCCGGUGCUGUUCCCGGUUCCAUUCCCGGUUCCACUCCCGGUUCCAUUCCCAAUGCCGCUCCCGGCCCCUCCCGCGCUGCCGGCGCCGCCUCAAUCUUGUCCCCCCCGCGCCACCGUCGGCGGGUGAGGGGUCAGGGCUGCGGCCCGGAAGCGGCGGCGGAGGCGGGGCCCGGUGCCGGGGCCUGUCCGUGUGUCCGGCCCGGGGCUGCCCGGGGAGCGGCCUCUCCCCCCGCUGCCCGUCCGCCCGUGCCCGCAGCCCCGGCAGGGCAGGACGAUGGUGCAGAGCCCGCCCGCACGGCAGCGCCGCCGCCUCUGAGCCCCGCCCGGCCCGGGGGCCCGAGCCCCGCCGCGGACGCCGGUGAACAAUCAGAAUAAUGUUCUACAUAAACCUCUUGGAGAACCUGAAGGUUUAUAUCAGCAGCCGCCCUCCGCUCGUGGUCUUUAUGAUCAGCGUGAGCGCCAUGGCCAUCGCCUUCCUGACACUGGGCUACUUCUUCAAAAUCAAGGAGAUCAAAUCCCCAGAAAUGACAGAGGACUGGAAUACUUUCCUGCUGAGGUUUAAUGAUUUGGACUUCUGUAUAUCUGAGAAUGAAACCUUGAAGCACCUCCUGAACGACACCACAACUCCAGAGAGCACCGUGACCAGCGGGCAGGCCAGGUCCUCCACGCAGUCCCCACAGACCCUCGAGGACUCUGGUCCCAUCAACAUCUCUGUCACCAUCACGCUGACCCUGGACCCUCUCAGACCUUUUGGGGGAUACUCUCGCAAUGUCACACACCUCAGCUCCACAAUUUUUGGGCACCAGAUUGGACUUUCAGGCAGAGAAUCCCACGAGGAGAUAAACAUCACCUUCACCCUGCCAGCUGCCUGGAAUUCUGAUGACUGUGUCCUGCACGGCCACUGCGAGCAGGUCGUGUUCACCACCUGCAUGACUGUGACAGCAGCCAGCAACGUGUUCCCAGUCACAGUUCAGCCACCACAUUGUGUUCCUGAAACCUACAGCAAUGCCACUCUGUGGUACAAGAUCUUCACCACGGCCAGGGACUCGAACACAAAAUAUGCCCAGGAUUACAACCCCUUCUGGUGUUACAAGGGAGCAAUUGGCAAAGUCUACCAUGCUUUAAAUCCCAAACUAACUGUUAUAGUUCCAGAUGAUGAUCGCUCUCUAAUAAACCUGCACCUCAUGCACACCAGUUACUUCCUCUUUGUGAUGGUGAUCACAAUGUUCUGCUAUGCAGUCAUUAAAGGCAGACCAAGCAAACUGAGGCAAAGCAACACAGAAUUCUGCUCUGAAAAGGUUGCUUUGUCAGAAGCAUAAAACCCCCCUCUCCUCCUGAGAACGACCGAAACCAUUGCCUGCUGAACCCAGCCUGGGUCUUAACACUCUGUGAAUCCAUUACCUUGCAAUGUUGGUUUAUUCCAACCAAAGACAUUUCAAAGUGCCUGUAAUUGAUUUGUACAUAUUUAUAAAAGCAGAAUAUCCAGAGUAAUUCUGAGCAGAUGUGCUUGUCCCGUGGCGUGGUCGGGAUCCUCCGGCCCUGCCCUGGGACAGCCCCAUGUUGGUGUAGAUAACUCCAGUGAAAAGGCUCCACAGAGGCAGAGAUUUUUGUCUAGCUGCACCUGGGCAGGUGAAGAUGCCUUUGCAAGUGUCUCAAACCAACCAAGAGAAGUUUGGUUUUUUGCCCAGUCUGUACAGUGUGUUUGAACCAAGUAUGCACCUUUGAUAUAAUCUGCAUUUCCAGAGCCACCAAUCUACAACAUGAAUUCAGUGUGUGUUUGUGUGGCCUAAUACUUUAUUCCAUUUGCUCCUUGCUUGCAAGAAAAGAUAUCAACGUUUUAGAUUUUUUUUUCUCUUUUGGAAGAAAAAAAGAAAAGUACAUAUUCACAUUUUAAUAGUGCUGUAUUUAGGACAAACUUGUGCUUUUAUUCAUAGUAAAAAAAUUAAGAAGUGAAGUCCCAUUUUAAACUGUUACUUACCGAAAAGAAAUGUUUGAUUUUUUUUUGUUUUGGCUUGGUUUUUUUUUUGUUUUUUUUUGGUUUUUUUUUUUUUUUGUUGGGUUUGUUUUUUGUGGGUUUUUUUUUGGUAUUUCAUUUGGCUUGCUGAAUGCCAGAGAACCAGUCAGCACAGAGACUAUCUGGAAAACUUUUCCACUUGGCCUCCCAUCCCCAGCCCUCCAGCCAGGAUUGUGUGUCUCUGCUGCAGAGCAGCUGUCUGUACACUUGUUUUCCCUUUUUUUUUUUUUUUUUUUCUUUUCUUUCUAGAAAGUGAAACUUAAUAAAAAGAUGGAUUGUGUUAACAGCCUGCUGGGGCUCUGCACAGCCUUGGGCAAGUGCAAAGAGUGAAAGGAAAACAGAUCCCAGAGUCUGGGACUGUGCCUGCAGCUCUGAGGGGCAGCUGCCACUGGCACUGCUGAGCUCUGGCCCAUUAAAUUCAUUAAAUUGCCAUUUUCUGCUGUCCACUCAGGGGAAAAUGGCCACAAAAGUGGGGCUCUUGUGAGGAAGGUCAAAGAAUCCACCCAGUGAAACCCCUUCUGUUCUCUGUGUCCAUUCUUCAGUCAGAGAUUUGAUUCUGUGCAUCUCUCCAUUCUGCCUUUUGCUGGUUUUUCUUCCUGGUUCCUUGAGCAGCCUCCUUAAUUUCAAGGUUCAGGCUCUUCCUGCAGACAUUUCCACCACUGCUUUUAAAUCUCACUGGUUGCCUUAAUUGACUUUUUACUUUUCUCCCAGGUUUCAUUCAUUCAUUCAUUCAUUCAUUCCUCCCCACAGGCUUUUUUUCCCUCCUCCUUUUGCUCCAAACUCCACAGAAGAAAAAAGCCAAGUGAGAAUCUCAUAGUCUCAGUGAUGCUGGCAGAAAAUUCCCAGUUUAUUCCCUCCAGACACCACUCCUGGUCUGUGUGUGUUGGGACUUCAGUAAGUUCACGAGUGUUAAGGGUGUUUGAGCAGUCACAGUUUCCUUCAGAACACGUUUCCUCCCACAAUUUCAGUUCCCCACGUGGGAUUACCUGACAUAUUUUCCUCCAGGGAAUGUUAAGGCAAAGCUUUAGAGAUGGCCUGGUUUGAAGUUUAGGGAUAAAAAGUUUUCUCCUGAUGCUGCUGUGGGCUGCUGCUGCUUCCCAGGGGAGUGAAACAGGCCCAGAGCUUCUCCUGAGCUGUUCCUAAAUCCCAGCCUGAGCUGUUCCUAAAUCACACAAGCCCAGCCUUCUGUGCUAAUCCUCACUCCAGGAGUUGCCUCCGAGGGUGGCUUGAUCUGGGGACCAAAGGCAGGAAUAGGAGAUGGAUUGGGAGAAGGGAAUCUUGGAAAUACCCAAAAACCACCCAACGUCACCUGGCUCCUUCAGGAAAGCAAAGCAGAUCCUUUCUCCUUCAGCAAAUUCUGACCUCAAACAUCCCAGCUGGAAUUUGGGCUGUCAGGGGAACCAUUGGGGAAUGAAAGGAGCCUGCUUGGCAACUUCUCCCCCACUUUCUGCACCCCCCAGGGAUUAAAGAUUGUCACCCACAGAUGCAAAAGGGAAAACGUUGGAGAGUUGGAUUUUUUGGCCUCAGUUCAUCCUUCUGCCCCCUGCACUGCAGCAGGGAGGUGCAGGGUGUCCCAGCAGGCCAAAGUGCUGGAAUGCUGAGGAAUAUUGGAUUGUUCCCAGGCGAUGUACAAAGUUAAAUGCAGCCAAACAGAAGAGUUAAAACUUAAAGUUCAGAUCAUAUUGAUCUUUCCUUUUUUUGUUUUCUUUUUUCUUUUUAACUAUGACUUGAAUCAGUUUUGAUUCUAUUUGUACGUGUUUUCUUGUUCUUAGAAAGCUGCCAUUUUCUUUCUUUCUUUUUUUUUUUCUUUUUUUUUUUUUUUUUGCAUUUUCUUUGGCAUUACAUAGAAAAUCUGAGCCUUGGUUUCAACCCUCUGCAGGUGAUUGUAGGGUUUGAGAUGGCUGUUUUUUGUUUUGUUUUGUUCUUACAUUUCACUUGUCUUGUUGCAUGAUGGUUAAUAGCUGAUUUGGAAAUGACAUUUCUCUCCUAGAUUAAUUUUUGUGUUUGUAAGAUGUGCAUAUUGCUUUGCAGAAUAAAAACUAUGAAGUUUA